AUGGUAGAAUAAAACAGACACAUGCCCACUAAAACAAGAGUUAUAUUUAAAUAUUACGACGCACUUUGUGUGAUCGAAAGGCACCUUCCUCUUCACCAUUUCUCCAUUAAUUAUUCAUUGUGAUUCCAUCAUAACAAGACAAAGAAAAAUCCAAAAACCCAAUCACCAGCCUUGAGUUCUUAUUCUACAAGUUUUGAUGACUCAUGAAUAGCCCAAUCGUUGAUAAAGAGAAUUUCUUCUUCUUUUUUCUCUGCAUGUAGACAUAGGUUGUGUCUACAUGCAGAGACAUUAUGGAAGAACAAACCCCCAUUUUGAAUUUGAAUUUGAAUAGAAUCAAGGGAGGAGGAGGAGGAAUAAGGAGACCGUUAUGGGUAUCUGUGUUGGUUUUGUUCACUGUAAUUGCUCUGUUUAGUCUACAUAUCAAUAAGGAAUAUUCAAUUUUCUCGAUCCCUUUGGAUUUCAUUUCGGGUCGGGUAGGAUUAGUGUCGAGUUAUCAACAGAAGAGCUGCUCUGAUUUCUUCAAACAGGUACCAGCGAGGAAGGUGGUGAAAUCAAUCAGCGAUUUCGGUGGAAUUGGGGAUGGAAAAACCUCAAAUACAAAGGCGUUUCAUCGGGCCAUGGAGUUUAUGUCCCGUUUCACGGAGAGUGGUGGGUCCCAGCUUGUUGUUCCUAAAGGUCGAUGGCUUACUGGUAGUUUCAAUCUUACCAGCAAUUUCACACUCUUCCUCGAAUAUGGCGCUGUUAUCCUCGGUUCUCAGGAUCCAGAUGAAUGGCCGAUAAUCGACGCGCUGCCUUCAUAUGGAAGAGGGAGAGAAAGACUUGGAGCGAGACAUAUUAGCCUUAUUCAUGGAAAUGGCCUCACCAAUGUUGUAAUUACAGGGGAAAAUGGAACUGUAGAUGGUCAGGGAAAGAUGUGGUGGGAUCUUUGGUGGAAUAGAACCCUGGUACACACCAGAGGCCACCUUGUUGAACUGAUUAACUCGCAGAACAUCCUCAUCCAAAAUCUUACACUCAUGAACUCUCCAUUUUGGACAAUUCAUCCUGUCUAUUGCAGGAAUAUUGUAAUUAGAAACAUGACUAUUUUGGCUCCUCUCAAUGCCCCUAACACAGAUGGCAUUGAUGCAGACUCCAGCUUGAAUGUCUGCAUUGAAGACUGUUACAUUGAGAGUGGUGAUGACCUUAUAUCAGUGAAAAGCGGGUGGGAUCAGUAUGGUAUGAAAAUGGCUCGUCCAAGCUCAAACAUCAUUGUAAGGAGAGUGAAAGGCACAACCCCAACAUGCUCAGGGGUUGGUAUCGGCAGUGAGAUGUCUGGAGGUGUUUCUAAUGUCCUCAUAGAAGACUUAUAUGUUAGAGAUUCUGCAGCUGGUGUACGGAUCAAAACUGAUAUUGGAAGAGGUGGAUACAUCGUCAAUAUUACAAUCAAUAACAUGAGAACGGAAAGAGUGAAGGUACCCAUUAGAUUUAGCAGGGGAGCAAAUGACCACCCUGAUGAGAAAUGGGAUCCUAAAGCCCUACCUAAAGUAAGAGGUAUUUUUAUCAGUAAUGUGGUCAGUCUAGAAUCAAAGAGACCUCCCUUGCUAGUAGGCAUAGAGGAAGCACCAUUUGAGGACAUACACAUGAAAAACAUCAGUUUAUUUGGGUUAGCCCCAUCAAUGAAGUGGAAUUGUGAAUAUAUCUCUGGUUCUAGCUGCAGUGUUUUCCCUGCACCAUGUUCUCAGUUGCUGAAGAAUGAAUCAACAAUUCAGUGUCCAAAUUGAUGAAGUUUAGUGUUCCUUCUUCGGAACAAGCUUGGAUAGUCGAAAUUUCCAACUUGAAAUGAAUUUAGAUCAAGUCGCAAUUGAGAUGAUUUUGCUUUCGUGAAUCAACAUGAAUCUCAAUGCACUUCUGGAUGCCUGUCGAUCCCUGUUGCUGCAAACAUCAGCAUGCAAUCCUUCUCCAGAUCGAAUCUAAGCUCUCAUUUGACCAUAGAUUUUGAACUUGAAAAUUUGAGUUAUUGAAGUUAAGUUGUAUUUGUAGGUGCAUUUUUACUUUAGAAAAAGAAAUUGAAGUUUUGGAACUGGUUAAGAUAAACUGGCCCAAUCUGAGCCAGUUCUUAGGAACUUGAAGAUUUUUGUAGAAACAGAUAUUUGGAGAUAAAUUUUUUAAACUGUUCUCUCUCCCGA